AUGAACAAUGAAUACACUAGAGUGUUUGACUACCAACUUGAGCUGUUAAGGAGCAACCCUGGAAGCACAGUUGCUGUUUGCAUGGAUCCAACCAACAUGGAGGAAAGUGUAUUCCAGAGCUUCUAUGUGUGCUUUAAUGCAAUGAAGCAAGGAUUCAAGGCUGGUUGCAGAAAAGUAAUAGGCCUUGAUGGUUGUUUCUUUAAAGGUGCAGUGAAGGGUGAGCUAUUGUGUGCCAUAGGUAGAGAUGCAAAUAAUCAGAUGUAUCCACUAGCUUGGGCUUUAGUUGAGAAUGAAACUAAUAUCACAUGGAAGUGGUUUGUUGGGCUGCUCAUUAAGGACUUGGAAAUAAACAAUAAUGGAGCUGGCUGGGUUAUUAUUUCUGAUCAGCAGAAGGGCUUGAUAAAUGCAGUUAAUGAUUACCUUCCUGCUGCAGAGCAUAGGAUGUGUGCUAGGCACAUUUAUGCUAAUUGGAGGAAGAAACAUAGAGAUCGUGAGUGGCAAAAGAAAUUUUGGGCAGUUGCUAAGGCUUCCAACAGGCAAGAUUUCAACUAUUAUAAGGCCAAGCUUGCACAAGUUACUCCUGAAGGGGCUAAAGACAUCAUGAGGACUGAGCCAGUGCACUGGGCAAGGGCUUUUUUCCCAGUUGGUUCAAAUUGUGAGUCAGUUGACAACAACCUUUGUGAGUCAUUCAACCAUGCUAUAGUUGAUGCUAGGUUUUAUCCUAUUAUUUCUAUGAAUGAAAAAAUUAGGAAGAAAGUACUUGUGAGAAUUCAGGAACAAAGAGAGAAAGGUGCCAACUUUAGAGGAAAAAUAUGCCCUGCUGUUUUCAAAAAGCUGAAGAAAAGUAUUGCUAGAACACAAUAUCUUGAAGUGCUCUGGAAUGGAGAAAAUGGAUUUGAAGUGAAGCAAGUGAAUGGAAGAGGAAGGCAGUACACUGUUGACCUGGAAAAAUGGACAUGCUCCUGUGGGUACUUCCAGCUGGCAGGGCUUCCUUGCCACCAUGCAAUUAGUGCCAUCUAUAAGUGCAACAAAAAUAUUGAAGAUUUUAUUGCUCCUUGCUACUUUGUUGAAGUGUUCAACAAAAUCUAUGAGCAUUGCUUGCAGCCAGUGGAGGGUGAAGAGAUGUGGCCAGUGUCACCCAAUCCUAGGCCAGUGCCUCCAGAAUAUGUUAGGUUGCCAGGAAAAGAGAAGAAAAAAGGAAGGCCUAAAAACAAUGAUAGGAGAAGAGAAGAAACUGAGCAACCUAAGGGGAAGAAAAUGAGCAAGCAUGGCACAAUUAUCAAAUGCUCAUUGUGUGGUAACCCUGGACACAACAAAUCAGGAUGUAAACAGAAUCCAGAGAGAGGCAAGAAAAAGAAUGCACAUCUUGCUAGAACUAGCAAGAAAAAGAACCCAACCGAGCAAUCCAAAGGAAGUGCAUCUGCCUCUGCUUCUGCAUCUGCUCCACCAACAGCAACAAGUUCAGUACCAACAGGUCCUUCUGCUGGGACCAACGGGUUUAAGCCUCCAAGAAAGAGAACUGCAACUGCUGAAGCUGGAUCAUCUGCUGCCCCUACAACAUCUACUUCCACAAGGACAGGAUCUGGAGCUAAGAGGGGAAGAAGGCCUGCAUCAUCAGUGCCAAGCUUCAGAUAUUUCACUUGCAGUGGAAACUACUAG